AUGUACGGAGUCCGGAGUACUGUACCUCCCUAUAUUUACCCUUCACUAACCAUUCCCAACCGCAUCCCCGGCCGUCCCCACGGCUCAUGGCCCGUGGUUGUUACAGAGUGCCGCAAGUGCGCUGUCGCUAGCCCAAAACUAGCGCGGUUCCCGCCUCCAAGACCAAGUGCCGGCGAGGAUCUCACGGCGUGGUUCGACCGAAGUGACGAACAGGUUUGGUCGGGCGCAAGCUUUGCCCCCUCUCUUGCCCCUUCCCCUUUCCAGAAUCCCAGGGAGGCUCGGUUCUGCUGUAAGCUUUCCUGGGCGGCUGGGGAUCGACAUUGCGGGUUCUUGGCUGGACGGAACGCGGCCUAG